AUGCCUAUCGCGGUCGCCCGCUCCCUCCUACCGCCCCACACCCUCAUCGGCAUGACAUGCAACACCCGAGAACACGUUGUUCAGGCCGUCAAAGACGGUGCAGACUAUGUCGGUAUUGGGCCCGUCUGGGCGACACAGACGAAGAAAGUCCUCAAUCCCGUGGUAGGUGUGAGGGGCCUUGGCGAGCUGCUCGAGCCCCUUGACGGGACGGACGUCAAAGCCGUCGCUAUCGCCGGCAUUAAAUCUACCAAUGCCCUCCAGUGCUUACAUGGGGCUAUAUCUACUACUGGCCACCGGCUGGACGGCCUCGCCGUUGUCAGCGACAUUGUCGCGUCGACGGAGCCCUACGCCGCGGCGAAACGGCUGUCUACCAUUAUACAUGCCUUCAAGUCUAAUAAAAUACACACUUUCUCUGGCGCAGCCGGUCCAUACAACCAAGAGUACAUCAAAGACCGCGUCGGCCGCCUCUUGUCGACCAUUCGAAAACAUGGACCUCUAGUGCAGCAGAUCACAAACAACGUCGUCACCACACAAUCUGCCAACGCCACGCUCGCCCUGGGGGCGUCUCCCAUCAUGGCCAACGCGCCGGAGGAGAUGGCGGACCUCGGCAAGGCCAUUGGAGGCCUCCUCAUCAACUUUGGGACCAUCCAGAGUUUAGAUGGGAUGCUGAUCGCCGGCCAUAAUGCGAAUAUCAAUCGCAAGCCCGUAGUGUUCGACCCCGUCGGCGUCGGCGCCUCAACAUUUCGACGGACGUCCGCGAACACGUUACUCAAUACGUGGCAGGCGACUGUGAUUAAGGGGAAUGCAGGAGAACUAGCCGCCCUGGCCAAUUCCGCUGAGGUCCAAGCAAGAGGCGUAGACAGCGUUGGAAAGGGAUUCUCCGACCCAGCUGCCUUUGUGCGAAACCUCGCUCGCAAAGAGAGAUGCAUUGUGGUCCUUACCGGUGUCGUCGACUGGGUGUCCGACGGCACCACGGUUGUUCGUCUGGCGAAUGGGCACCCCAUGCUUGGCGACAUCACGGGCUCGGGCUGUAUGGCGGGAAGCUCCAUAGCGAUCUUCUGUGCUGCGGAGAGCACGGACACGGCGAAUAGGAGGGCGCCCGACGCUGCCGAAGACGGCAUGCUAGUCCGGGGCGACAUGCUCAUCGCCACAGUAGGAGGCAUACUCGCCGUGACCCUUGCCUCGGAGUAUGCGGCUGGCAGAGCGGACGUCAAAGGGCCUGGGACUUUCCUCCCCGCAUUGAUUGAUGAGUUGGGUAGGCUAACGGCAGAGAAGAUAAUGCAGGCAAAAGUGGAGGUCCUGUGA